AUGACCACGCCGCAGCUGACUGCGUUGCGAGCGGUGAUGAAAGAGGUGUCCAUCGACGCGGUGAUCGUCCCGAGUCAGGAUCCGCACUUCAGCGAGUACGUCGCCGCGGCUUUCGAGCGGAGACGGUACGUGAGCGAUUUCACCGGAUCGGCCGGUACGUGCGUGGUGACGGCGACGAAGGCGUUAUUGUGGACAGACGGGCGGUAUUUUAAGCAGGCCGAGGACGAGCUCGCGGAGGCAUGGACGCUGAUGCGAAGCGGGACGAAGGGGACGCCAGAUGUGAGAAAAUGGCUCGCGGGCGACGAAGCUGGAUUGGCCGGGAACGGUGGCAGGGUCGGGAUCGAUCCGAACGUGCACUCAGUGAGCGAAGCGCGCGCGCUGAGAGAAGUGUUGAAGGCGGUCGGUUGCGAGCUGGUGAGCCUAGAGGAGAACCUCGUGGAUAAGAUUUGGAGCGAUCGACCGGCGGCGGCGAAGACACCGCUUCGCGUGCAUCCGCUCGAGUAUGCGGGGAAGAGCGUGGAGGAGAAAUUGGAAGACAUGCGAGCGAAGAUGCGCGAGAACGAGGUGGAUAAACUCGUGGUGAGUUCUUUGGACGACGUCAUGUGGCUGCUCAACGUUCGUGGGGGCGACGCACCGUGUAAUCCGGUGACGCUGUCGUACGCGUUGGUUGGCGAGAGCGACGCAACGUUUUACGUUGACUUGGACAAGGUGACGGCACCGGUGAAAGCGCACCUCGAAGCGGCCAAUGUGACCAUCAAACCGUAUGAUGACAUGUCACGAGACGUCCACGACGCCGCCUCUCGCGGCGAAAAGCUCUGGAUGGACAUCGAUAAGGUGUCCAUCGCGAUGCUUGAGAGCGCCGAGGAUGGCAACUCCGUGAGAAAGGCGACCAAGGCGACAAAGAGCGACGCGCAGAACGACGCUUCCUCAUCGUCCGUCGUUGUCGCCGUGAAAGAGGGAACGUGCCCGAUACCCAUCGCCAAGGCGGUGAAGAACGAGGCCGAGAUGGCGGGCAUGGUCGAGGCUCAUCUCAUGGACGGCGCUGCGAUGUCCGAGUUCUGGUGCUGGAUUGAAAAGGAAAUCUCCAGUGGAAGAACCAUCGACGAGUACGAAGCGGGCGAGAAAGUGCUCGAAUUCCGCUCCAAGCAAAAGGGUUUCGUCGAAGAAUCUUUCCCGACGAUCGCGGGAGAGGGCCCGCACGGCGCCAUCGUGCACUAUCGCGCCUCCAAGGAGAGCGCUCGAACGAUAAGCAAAGACAGCCUCUUGCUCUGCGACAGUGGGGGACAGUUUGCGUGCGGCACCACGGACGUUACGAGAACCGUGCACUUCGGCACACCCAGUGCGCACCAGAAGGAGUGUUACACUCGCGUUUUACAAGGCCACAUCGCGCUCGACCAGAUGGUUUUCCCAACCGGCACCAAGGGUUUCGUGCUCGACGCGUUCGCUCGCUCUCACCUCUGGGCGAACGGGCUCGACUAUCGACACGGCACGGGACACGGCGUCGGCGCCGCACUGAACGUUCACGAAGGUCCGCAAGGCAUAUCUCCACGGUUUGGUAACAUGACUGAGCUCGUUCCGGGCAUGAUUCUGAGCAACGAACCGGGUUAUUACGAAGACGGCGCAUUCGGCAUUCGCAUCGAGACGCUUUUACAAGUCAAAAAAGCGGAGACCAAGCACAACUUUGGCGACACCGGGUUCUUGUGCUUCGACGUCCUGACGUUGAUUCCGAUUCAAACCAAGCUUAUGGAUCUCGGCAUCAUGAGCGAUAAGGAGAUUGCCUGGGUGAAUGCGUACCAUCAAAAGGUGUGGGACAACAUCCACCCGCGCGUCGCCGGUGAGACGCUGCAGUGGCUCGAAAGGGCGUGCGCGCCCAUUUCGCGAUAA